AUGCCAUCUCUAACUGGCGCUCAAAUUGUCGCUCGCUCCCUUCACGGCUUAGGAGUGAACGUCAUCUUCGGCAUCGUCGGUAUCCCGGUGGUGGAAGUCGCGGAGGAAGCUAUCAAUCUGGGCAUCCGGUUUAUUGCGUUUAGGAACGAACAAGCAUGCAGCUAUGCGGCGAGCGUGUACGGGUACAUGUCGGGAAAACCUGGGGUUUGCUUGGUUGUGGGUGGGCCGGGGGUUCUACACGGCAUAGCUGGGAUUGGAAAUGCCACUGUGAACGCAUUCCCACUACUAGUCCUGGCUGGAUCAGCGGAAUCGCAUACGAUAACUAAGGGGGGUUUUCAAGAGAUGGACGCAAUCUCUCUCCUCACGCCACACACAAAACUUGCUAUACGGCCGUCGUCGCUGGAAUCAGUGAACGAUGCCAUUCGGAAUGCGUAUAGAACAUGUUGGUAUGGAAGGCCAGGCCCCACUUUCAUCGAUCUCCCUGCAGAUUUAAUUCAAGGGAAAACGGCGGCGGGAUUUACAUUACCACCUCCUAAGCAUACGUUUGUCCCGUCUCCUCCUAGAUCUAGCGGCGAUCCAGCGGUUGUAUCGAAAGUGGCACAGUUAUUGAAAUCAGCACGCGCACCGCUCGUCGUUGUUGGAAAGGGUUCAGCGUACGCACGAGCAGAGUCAUCCAUCCGCGAGUUCGUGGAGAAGACAGGGAUACCUUUCCUACCAACACCGAUGGGUAAGGGCGUGAUACCCGAUUCCCACCCCCUCAAUACAUCCAGCGCACGAAGCACGGCUUUGAAACAUGCAGAUGUUGUCCUUCUUUUUGGAGCCCGGUUGAAUUGGAUUCUCCACUUUGGCGAAACACCUCGCUGGUCCGGCUCUGUCAAGCUUAUUCAAGUAGAUAUAAACGCGCAGGAAAUUGGGCACAAUGCUGGAGUUGCGGAGCUAGGAAUAGUGGGUGACAUAAAUUUGGUAGCUCAGCAGCUUCUCUCCUCUCUAGCUGGCUGGCAGUAUAAGCCCGCGUCCACUACAUCACCGGAUUCAUAUCCAUCCCUCCUCGCAGCUUCUGCCACGAAAAACGAAAAUAUUUCACAGAAGAAGGCUCUUCUUCCCACCCAACCCAAAGAAUUCCUGACAUUCCAACGUGCCUACCACAUUAUCAAGACCACUCUAAAUUCCCUCUCGCCGCCGCAAGAAGGUAACAUCGUAUAUGUCUCAGAAGGAGCUAAUACAAUGGACAUCUCCCGUUCCGCUUUCACACUGGAACACCCGCGCCAACGCCUUGAUGCUGGAACAAAUGCCACUAUGGGGGUCGGAUUAGGCUACAUUGUCGCCGCACACGCUGCGUACAACAUCCCAUCAUCGCCGGGCAGCACUCACGUACACACACCGAAGAAGAUCGUGGCACUGGAAGGUGAUAGCGCGUUCGGGUUCAGUGCGAUGGAAGUUGAAACUCUUGCUCGCCACCGCAUUCCAGCGUUGAUCUUCGUAAUGAACAAUUCAGGCAUUUACCAUGGCGACACGAAGACAGAGGGUGAGUGGAAGAAUCUACAGAAUGAGACCGUCAACGAGGCCAAUGCGAAGAACGGCCUGCGAUCGACGAGUUUACUCUACGAGACACGCUAUGAAUAUCUUGCCGCGAUGUGUGGGGGGAGGGGAUACUUUGUACGGACGGAGGAGGAGCUGGAAAGGGCGACAAGGGAAGGAUUCUUGGAGGAUGAGAAGGUUACGAUUGUCAAUGUGAUUGUGGAGCCGGGAAUUGGGCAGUCCAUACAAUUUGGGUGGCAGGCGGCAAAGGACAAAACCACUGAAGCAAAAUUAACUCAAGCUACCAUGGGGAUGGAUACCCCAGCUAGCAAUGAUGAUAUUGAAUACGAACCUACCACUACCCCUGGGCCACCGGGCCCAACACCUACUACCGAUACCUUGAUACAGAUGAUGAUGGGAUAUUUGAAAAAGCAAGAUGAAUAUUUGAAAAAGCAAGAUGAAUGUCUCAAGAGAAUGAAUGAAUAUUUGAACAGAAGGAUGAGAAAUUCCUUACAAAAACCAGCUGAAAACUCUGAUUCUCUGUCAAGGAGAGAUCAAGAAGAUAUGAAACAAGGGAAGGAUGAAAUGGAACUGGCUAUACAAGCCACUGUCACUACUCCUCCAUCUACUGAAGAACCCUCUGCAAGAACCACCAAAGGAUCCUCUGUGAGAACCAUCUCUAUCAUCAUAAGAAUCACCACCAGAGCCACCACAAAGAUGACCAUGAUGAGAUCCAUCAUUAAGAAUACCACCACCACCACCACCACCACCACUGCCAUCAAAGAACUUUUCAAACAUCGAUACUACUACCACGAACUGAAGCCUCACAGAUGCCGAAAGGGUGAAGGAUAG